UACCGACGUGGACAUAUCUAAACAACUUAAAGUAAAGAGUAAUAUAGAAGAAAUUGUGGUAAAAUGGGCGACUCAGAUUAACGAGAUUCUUAACGAAGAGUUUAAAUUUUCGAAAGAUGGAAAAUUCCUAUAUCCGAAUUGGAUUAUUGGAGUAUGAGAUUAAAGAAUAUGGAAUCCAUCUAUUUUCAACUGAAAGAUCCAAAAGUGAAACAGAUAGAUUUAGUUUUAGAGAAAACGCAAAGUCCUUACUCGCAAUAUUUCAAAAAUUUAGUGAACAACGUCACCGCGGCAUUAUUAGAAACUAGAGAUAUCAAUCUUUAUUUAAAGCCUCUGAGGAGUUAUUUCCAAGAUAUCGAAACGGUCGAAUUUAGAGAUAUAUUGUCAAAAGUAAAAAUAUUGUUGCAUUGCGUUUGCUUAAUGUGGGCUAAUUCGAGAUUCUAUACUCUCGAAAGAGUUAUUGCUCUGUUACGAGAAAUUUCAAAUUUGAUCAUUUCUCAGGCAAUAAAAUAUAUAAAUCCAUCAACUUUAUUCGAAGGAGACAUUGAUGAUAAUAAAGCGAAGAUUGCCGAAGUAUUACCAUAUCUUACUAAUUAUCAAGAACUAUUUCGAUCGUAUAAGGAACGGAUAGAUAUGUAUUUCAAAUCGGAGACUGUACCUUGGAAUUUUCACGAGAAAUUAGUCCUCGAAAGAAUUCACUUGUUUGAGAAGAGACUUAAAGAAAUCGAAUCGUUAUUUGACACAGUACAAGAUUAUUUCAAACUAGAGAGGAUAGAAAUUGCUGGUUUGAAAGGAAAAUCGUUGCUUACUAUGGUUGAAAAAAUUUACGAAGAAUUUCUUAAAUUGUAUCAACAUUUUGGAGAGUUGCCUUAUGAAGUUUUAACGCCCGAGGAAGAACAAUUUAGUGAAGAUUUGCAGAAAUUUUUCAAGGAAAUAGAACAAUAUGAUCGAAAAUUGGCGAGCAUUUUCGAUCAGGCAUUCGCCGAAUGUCACAAUUUAGAGGCGUAUUUUAAAUUUAUAUGGAUAAUGGGUACAAUUGCAAAUAGACCUUUAAUAAUGAGCCAACUCUGGCACAAUUAUGAAACGAUUACUGCCAGAAUAAAUGUACAUUUUGACAAAAUAAAGGUUUUAUUCGAUCAAAAUUUCAUAUUCCCUGAGGAAAAGAAGCAAACCGGGAUAAAUAUACAUUUGCCUCCGGUGGUUGCAUCACUGUGUUUAUUAGUGAAACUUCGUCACAGAACUCGUUAUCCGGUUGAUUGUAUCAGAUUUAUCGAUCAUCCUUUGAUUACCGAAAAAAUGGAGAGCGAACAUAGAAGUAAAUACGAGAAAUUAAUGAAUAUUAUCGAUGAGAAGGAAAGAGAAAUAUUCACCGCUUGGCAAGAACAAUUGCCAGAAAUUUGGGAAACGCAUUUGUUGAAAACUCUUUUAAAAGUUGGAGACGAUAGAUUAUUAGAAUCAAAUUUUGCCCAAGAAUUAAAAACUAUGUUGAGAGAAAUCCGUUAUAUGACAAUUAUAAAGAAACCUGAUAUUCCCGAAGAUGCCAUAGAAUUUUACAAUAGAUCACAAUUCUUUUUCGAUAGUACUUACAAGUUGAAUUUAAUAAUAAAUUGGUACAAUAGAAUACGAACUGAAAGCAUUCCGGUAGAAUUUCAAUUGGUAAAAGACGAAGUUACGAACGUUGAUAGUAUAAUCGAUGAUGGCCAAGAAAAAUAUAAUUGGAAUUCGGAAGGAGUUAUGGAGUACAUCGAUAAUUUGUUAAAAAUUAUUUGGAAAUUACACAGCAGAUUGUUCCGUGCCCAAAAUAAUUUAAAAAAUAUUAUGAAUAAUAUGUAUAGCUGGGCGAUGAUACCAGUUAUUUAUCGUAAAGAUACCAGGGAUGAGAAUUUGUUGUCUCUAAUCGAUAAAGAUGAUAGAUUCGCGGAAAGAUUUGCGGAAAUCGAAUCAACGGCUGAACAAUUGGAACAAAUAUUAAAGGAGAAUUAUAAAUUAUUUUUCGACUUGCUCCCGGAGCAAUUCUAUGAUAGAGAAGACUUGGAAUUGUUAGAGACUGUACAAGAGAAACAGGAAACAGAAUUGGAGAAAGCAAUAGCCGAAGAAGCUGUAGAACCUGAGAUUCCAAAGUAA